GUGCCUCGCUCCCUGCCUCUGCCCAGCCAUGGGAGCUCAGCUUCCCUGGGCUGCCUGGCCUCCAGAAACCAGGGGGACAAGCCUGGACCCUGCAAGUGCACAGAUUAUAAAAACACUUAAGGUACUACAGGAUUUGGAUAUAUCGCUGGAUAUUCUAGUGGAAACUGGCAUAGGCAAAGCAGUUAACAGUUUUAGGAAACAUGCCACUGCUGGGAAUGUAGCUAAAACCCUGGUAAAACAAUGGAAAAAACUUAUUCCUCCAGAAAAUAAAAGUGGUCACAGAGGAAGAAAACAAAAUACUGAAAAAGAAAAAGAUGAGACACAAUCUUCCGUUUCCAAGGAGAUUAAGUCUUCAGAGAAGUCCAAAGCAUCUGUACUGGCCUCCAGAAGUUCCAAUAGCGCUCCCAUUUCUAAAAAGCUGAAUAAGCAGCGUACUUGUAGUGAAGAGACCCACCAAAGUAGAGAUUCUGAGUCUCAAAAAGGAUGUGAUAAUAAAGAAUGUAGUAGCAGUGGUUCUAAGCAUGCUUCCCAGGGUACCAAUCUUCAAGCUAAAGAAAGUGACUUCAAAGAGACAACCUCCACAGACAGCAAGAAAGUUUCAGAAAACCAGUGUUCCUCUGUAGCCAAUAAAGAUUUAUCACCUCUGAAGGAAAAGCCUAGUAAGGAUGCUUCCAAACAGAGAAAUCCUAAGAAUGUGAAGAAACUAAAACAAAAACUUGUCAUAAAAAGCAAAGCCGAAUUACCUAGUGAUGAGGAAUUUGAGCCCCCUACUAUGUCUUUUGAAUCUUAUCUUAAUUAUGAUCAGGUUACCAAAAAAAGAAAAAGGAAGGCUUGUCCUACUUCCAAAUUUUCUCAUGCAAAGAAGGGAGAGGAAGGUGUAAAAAACUGUGAGGAUGAUCAGUCAGAAACUCCCAAUAAAAAGGCCAAGGUGACAUCCCUCCAAGAUCUUCUUAAUACUCCACUGCCUAAAUUUCUGACAGGCAUCUCAAUCUCAUCUCCCCCAUAUGCUGCAGACUUUAAAGCUUCCCUAGCACCUGUUGUAGAAGCAACCCGGCAAGUCAGUGAGACAGUUCAAUUCACAGGACGGAGACUGAACUCUAAAAUGCAAGUUUACUCCGGCUCUAAAACAGUUUGUCUUUCAAAGAUGCUUACGCUUUAUGAACAGUGCAUCCGAGUGCUUCAAAAUAAUAUUGACUCUCUACAUGAAGUAGGAGGUGUGCCCUUUGAAAUUCUUGAGCCUGUGCUAACACGUUGCACACCAGAGCAGUUGUUUCGAAUAGAGGAAUGUAAUCCGAUGUUUACAGAAGAAUCUGACCACUUGUGGAAGAAACACUGCCAGAGAGAUUUUAAAAAUGAGAGCCUCCUGGAAUAUGAGUCUUGGCGUGAAAUGUACUUGAGACUGUUCAAUCAGAGAGAAGAAAAACUGAAGAUGCUUACAAAAAAUAUUCUUUCAGCUCAGUCUGAGAAACCAAAAGGCCGGCAAGUAAAAAUGGCUUACGUGACCAGUGCAGCAAAACCACCCAGGAACAUUCGCCGACAGCAAGAAAUCCACGGGACAGCAGGACCUGUCGCCCAACUUCAUCCAGUGGAGAAGUGCAAAACAAGGAUUCCAGAAAGCAGAGACAGAAAUAACACAUCAUCAAAUCCAAUCCCUACUGGCAACAGUGGAAGCUCUAGCUCAAGCGUAAUGACUCCAGAUGGAAAGAAGCCUAUCAAAAAAAUUGCACCAAUCAUGAGGAAAACUUUGAAAGCAUUGAAGAAUAGAGCUGGACGACGAUAAAAUGAGGCUGCAUAUUUGAAGCUUAUGUGACCAUUUGUAUAUCAUGCUACAGCUAAUGAAAGUAAUGUUAAUGUAAACAUUCUUCAAUUUGCCUUAGUUAAAACAGUUAUGAAACAUUGCAGGGGCGAAUGAUUUACAAUAAAAAACUGAAA